CUCCAUGGGGGUAGCAGACGAUACUUGUACUUGGGAAACAAGGUAUACUCUGAAGUCGCUAAAGAUGAAUGUGGUACAGCAAUUCAUAGUAAAAACUGCCAAUUGAAGAAGAAUCUCAAGGAGGAAUCACACAAAUUAUGUAUAUUCACAGUGUCACUACCUCUGAUUGCUCUAGUGAUCUGUUUCGUAACAGCAUAUAUAUUCCAGCAAGAUGACAUUCACGAGACACACUGUCGAGUCUAUAAUGUUCUCCCAUCGAUAUCAGCAAUCACUGGUGUGUCUCCGCAAAGAUAUUUAUGGCGAAUAAGCAUUGCUCUUCACAUUGGACCACGGCUUGUUAUCGCAAGCGUCUAUCAUUCAUACUACCGUAAAAUACUCCUAGCUAUUGUAGACGUGCCUACAAAAAUACUAGGUUCCAGACUUCUCAAUCUGUGUUAUUGGUUAAAUAUCUCAGAAGUGGCAGCUCUGUGUGGAGUCACAUAUAUCUCCAACCGAGAGAACUAUUCGGUCCAUGAGAAGAUCUUUAUAGUGUUCAUGUUCAGCUCCCUGACGUACAUGCUGGCGACGGUGAGAUUAGGGCGUCUUUUGACUCCAAAAGCACAAAGUCUCCAGUACAAACAAGCCCUCUUCAUAGCCAGCGUUGUCAGCACAGUUGGCCUUAUUAUAUUCUUCCUGAAGCAUCGAUUACUCUGCCACGAUCUAGCAUUCAGCUGGUUCUCCCUCUGCGAGUACGUGAUAGCCUCUGCGAACAUGGGGUUCCACGUGACUGUGAUCCUGGACUUCCCGAAGGAACAGCUUGUCGUAGGUCAUGGUUUGCCAUCGAUCAAGGUGGAUUAACGAGAUGGUCAUCAGAAGUAACUCGGAUCCCGCGAACAUCGUCUUCGAAGUGCCUGCUGCUUUCCUCGCGUUCGAUUGACCCGUUCCUCACCGGGUCAGAGGUAAAAGCCAAUGGGCUGUGCGUGACAUUCGAACUGCGGAAUAUUAUUAAUAAUUAGACAAGGUUCCUUUCUCUUUUAGUUACGAUUGAAUUCAAUCGUAUAGUAUAUAAUAUCACGUUCCUUGGAACACGUAUUGAUCUUAUAUCCAAAAUGGAUUAGAAAAUGAGAGAUUAUGAUUUCCUUGGAGUAGGGCGAUUGCGCGAAUCGCUUAAUAAAUAAUAAUUAUACUCACAUGGACUAGUCAAGUAGUGAGAACGAUUAAAGUAUGGCACGUUAUAUAUAUAAACGAAAAAAAAUGUAAACAAUUACAAAAAUGAUCGGAUCGAUCGUCAUCGUAGAAUCUAGCGCUUCCAAAAGCGUGGCACUGGGUAUUCGGGCUGAUUAAAACGUAUAAUGGCCUUUUGUUUUUUUAAUAAUAACUCUAUUACGCGUUAAAGGCGAUUGGAAUCGACAGAUUGUAGAAUGAACGACUUACACCGUUGUACCCGGGUCAAAAAGGGAUUUUGGAAAUAAUAGAAACGUGAAAAUGAAAAAAAUUAUUGAUCACAACUAGGGUCUAGAAGAGAAAAACCUAUAUCGAUAUUCCAUCCACGAACUUGCAGUGGAAUUCAUUUUUUCUUUAUAAAUUUAAAAACGAAUUUUGAAUUUAUUCGAUAGUACUGUUCGUUAGACAGUUAUCAAGAAUUUAUUUCUUCGAUACCUCACCUUGGUUUAUUCUGUAUCCCUAGCUUUUCUUACUUUUCAAACUUCUUACCGUCUUUUAAUGCUUGCUCGAAAAUAUUACAGUACCUUAUUACUCGUAGACUAUUUUUAAUGUUCCAUAUCGAAAAAGAAAACGAAAUAUUUAUUUUAUUUGUUCUGUAGCAUAUACUCUAGUCAAUUUAAUUAUUAUUUACUCUAGUCUCCGGAUCGACUUUUAUCUAUAUUUUACAAAUCCCUCAGUCGACUCUUCUCUCCCGUUUUAGAUGUAUAGUUAAGAUACGAUCUUAUAGUGUUAGAACGUAUUUAUGCCAAUCCAACUUCUAAUGAGAUAAGCGUUCAAUAAAUUUAAUUUAAUAUAUCUUGAAUAGUGAGCUCAUGUAAUGAGCGUGUACUACAUAUGUUUCGGGCUGUUAGAAUCUGAGCGCGCGUCUCGUUAAUGAAGAUUUACGCGUAAUGGUUAAACGGAUAAUAGUUAGAACGUCCGCGUACGCGCAUGCGAAAAUGAUAACGCGGUAAUCGCGUGUCUCGUCGAAUAAUAUUCGCACGUUCCUCGUGCAAUGGCGGCGUUGCCCAGCGUGAGAAAGAAAAGAAAAAAAAAAAGAUAAAUAGAAGGAAAUAAGGAUAACCUUAAGGCUUAUAUUAUUACCAAGGUUCCGGGCGUCGCGUUUUACCUUAAAAAUUAAAUACUGUUAUAACGAAGCAAUGAAUUUCGCAUUUGGCAAAAUUAAUAAUACUUAAAACUCAAGCGCAAGGUAAAUUCGCACGACGCCCUUGCGACCAAUUUAAUAACGUCCAAAGAAAAGUUAAUCGUGUUCCAGUGAAUUUUCGGCGAUUCACGUGAAGACAAUUGUGCGAAUAGACGAGACGGUUAAAUUUACAAAAAUGAAAAAUAGAUUAAAAAGAAAUUAUAAGGAUCGGAUUUUUAAACAUCGACGCAGUACUUCCGUAAUCAGGGUAUCAUUGUCAUUGGCUCUUAAUUGAAAUGCGCUUUGAAUUGUCCUUGCAAAUUACUUAACCGGUAUUGAAGCUGUCGAGGCAUUAUAAAGUUGCGAAUAAAAUUCAAGAAACAAAUAUAUAUAUAUAUAUACACAAAGUAAAAAGAUAAAAUAUCUUUGUUAUCGUUUAUCUUUCUUCAAAGUCAAAUAUCGAAAUCUCAUUCCUAUUCUUCGUAUUGAUAAUUAUGUAGAAUACAUAUAUAAGAGUUAGAGAAUCCCACUUUUUUUUGUACUAGCUAUUAGUCCAAUUAUAAUCGCGAGCGGCACUAGCAAUUGUGAAUAUAAUUUUUUUGCACAUUUUUUACACAACACUCACGUACACUCAAAGAAUAUUAUUCGCAUAAGAGAAUGGUAUACAGUAGCGAGUUUAUAUUGUACAGUAAAAAAAAAGGAGAACAAUCUUGAUGUUUUUUCACACAAUGUGAAAUAUGCCAGUACAGAGACCAGGAACACUUUAAGUUGACAUUGCUAUUGUAAAACAAGUACCA